AUGACAUCACUGAAGGGGCCAGGAGCCUCGCAGAUUUCUGAUGGUGAGAGAUUCAUCUGUUCCCUCCUCGACUGUCUGCAUGCUUAUCUUUUUCCUGAAGGUUCCGGACUGCGGAUUGCUAUUGUCCACGCCAGGUGGAACAUGGGAAUUAUAGGGCCUCUUCUUGAGGGAGCCAAGAAAAGCCUUCUGGCAGCCGGCGUGCUUGAAGAAAACAUCACUCUUGAGACUGUCCCUGGCAGUUAUGAGUUGCCAUUUGCUGCCCAGCGAAUUUAUGCAGCCUCACAGUUGCAAGCCGCCAAAGGAUCAUCUUCUGCAGCAGGUAUCAGCGCGACGGAUUUGCUUUCAUCCUCUACCGCAGAUCUGAGUAAGACAACGCCACAAUCUCCUAUCGCAGACGCACCCAGGCCGUUCGAUGCUAUCAUCGCCAUUGGUGUUCUCAUUAAGGGAGAGACAAUGCACUUCGAAUACAUUGCGGACGCCGUGUCGCAUGGUUUGAUGCGGGUUCAACUUGAUACAGGCGUGCCAGUUAUUUUUGGAGUGCUUACCGUUCUAACGGAGGAACAAGGCCUCGAGAGAGCCGGACUCGGCAAGAAGGGGAUGCAUAAUCACGGCGAGGAUUGGGGUAGCGCCGCCGUGGAACUUGGAAUCAAGAGAAGAGAUUGGGCCGAGGGCAAGGUUAUUUAG